AUGACACGCCCAAACAUCUAUCUAUCUCAGUCUUUUCAUAAUCUAUCAUCUAUGAUUAUUCUUUCUUUUUUCUAUCUAUCUAUCUAUCUAUCUAUCUAUCUAUCUAUCUAUCCCAGUCUUAUCAUUAUCCUAUCUUAUCUAUCUAUCUAUCUAUCUAUCUAUCUAUCUAUCUAUCCCAGUCUUAUCAUUAUCUAUCUAUCUAUUUAUCUAUCUAUCUAUCUAUCUAUCUAUCUAUCUAUCUAUCUAUCCCAGGCUUAUCAUUAUCUAUCUAUCUAUCUAUCUAUCUAUCUAUCUAUCUAUCUAUCUAUCUAUCUAUCUAUCUAUCUCAGUCUCUUCAUAAUCUAUUAUCUAUGUUUAUUCUUUCUUUUUCUUUCUUUCUUUCUUUCUUUCUUUCUUUCUUUGGAGAUAAAUAUUUGCGAUGAAAUCAAGGGCUGGCCUUGGUUUAAACCCGACGCGCUAAUCUAUCUAUCUAUCUAUCUAUCUAUCUAUCUAUCUAUCUAUCUAUCUCUUUCUUUUUCAUUCUUUUUCUUUCUUUCUCUUUCUUUUUCUUUCUUUUUUAGACUGUCUCUUUCUUUUCAUUUCUUCUUCACAUUGCUUCUUACUUUUUCUUUUUUUCAUACUAUUUCUUUCUUUUUCACACUGUUUCCUUUUCUUUCUUUUUCACGCCGUUUCUUUCUUUCUUAUUUUUCUUUCUUUCUAUCUAUCUAUCUAUCUAUCUAUCUAUCUCUUUCUUUUUCAUUCUUUUUCUUUCUUUCUCUUUCUUUUUCUUUUUUUAGACUUUUUCUUUCUUUUUAUUCCUUCUUCACACUUUUUCUUCCUUUUUCUUUCUUUUUCAUACUAUUUCUUUCUUUUUCACACUGUUUCCUUUUCUUUCUUUUUCACGCCGUUUCUUUCUUUCUUCCUUUUCUAUCUAUCUAUCUAUCUCUUUCUUUUUCAUUCUUUUUCUUUCUUUCUCUUUCUUUUACUUUUUCUUUUUUUAGACUGUUUCUUUCUUUUUAUUCCUUCUUCGCACUGUUUCUUCCUUUUUCUUUCUUUUUCAUACUAUUUCUUUCUUUUUCACAAUGUUUCUUUUUCUUUCUUUUUCACGCCGUUUCUUUUUUUCUAUCUAUCUAUCUAUCUAUCUAUCUAUCUAUCUAUCUAUCUAUCUAUCUAUCUAUCUAUCUAUCUAUCUCUUUCUAUCUUCCCACUCUCUCCAGCGGUGUUCCGCAACUCCACAUCGCCAUCUGA